UUUACUGUUUUUAACAACCCGGAAAGCCAGUCACUGAGCUCGUGAUACCCACACCACAUCCAUGCACUCUGCCUUUAACUCUGCCACUUUGAAAAGAACCAGAAGAUGCCUGCCUUCUAAAGGACUUGAUGAUUUGGAGCCCAUGACUCACUAGCAGAAGAUGGGGAAUUCACUGAAAGCAGGCGGUUCAGAGGCUGAUAAAGAAACAAGAUACUUUGAUCCACGGCUGAAAGAUACUGUUCUUGUUGUGCUUCAUGACUAUCCACCUUCCAAUGUGAGUGAGCCAGUAUUUCGGAUUGGAGAGAAGCUUCAAGCAUUAUCUGAAGAGGGCGGCUGGUGGAAGGCCUGUUCAAUCACUACAGGAAAUGAAAAUUAUAUUCCAACCAGUAAUGUGGCCAAAAUUUACCAUGGUUGGCUUUUUGAAGGUGUGGGAAGACACAAAGCCGAAGAACUGCUGCAACUGCCAAACAACAGGGUUGGUUCUUUCAUGGUGAGAGAAAGCCAAUCAGAAAGAGGUCAAUACUCGUUGUCAGUCAGACACAGAACGGUGAAGCAUUACAGGAUCUUACGCCUGCCCAACAACUGGUACUAUAUUUCUCCACGGCUCACCUUUCAGUGCCUAGAAGAACUGGUAAAUCACUACUCUGAAAGCGCUGAUGGACUUUGCUGUAUGCUUACAAGCCCGUGUCUUACACCUAGUACUGGCCUGAAUCAACCAAAUGUCAAUACGGUGAUGCGUCAGAAUCAUUUACACUCUGAAAACCUUUCAAGCAGGUUACAGUGGACGAGAGAUGAUGGUGUGCAAGAUGACAGCCAUCUGUUGAGUUUUGGUGUGCGGAACAGCAUCAUGUCCUACUUGUCACUCACAUCAGACAAAGAACUCACAUCAAUGAACAGCAACCACAAAAAAAAGAGCAAAUCUGUCUAUGGCUUACCACAAAAUGAUGAUAUGCUCUUUAAUGAUGAUUAUUAUUCAUCAGCUCACGAUCAGCUCUAAUUAAUUAUGAAUAAUAUAUAUAUAUA